UUUUUGUCUUCAUCAAUGGAGCUUUUCAUUACAAUAUGUCUGGUAUUUCUUUAUUUCAUGUUCGUUUUCUUCAUUUACAAGCUGUUAUGGAGGACCCAAAGCUGUUACAUCGUAGCUUACGAGUGUUACAAGGCACCCGACGACAUGAAACUCGACACCGAAACGUGUGGGAACCUGGUUUUGAGGAACAAAAAUCUGGGUGUCGGAGAGUACAAGUUUCUGCUACAAGCAAUGGUGAAUGCAGGCAUCGGGGAAGAAACUUACGGUCCAAGAAACGUCAUCGAGGGCAGAGAAGAAUCCCCGAAUCUCUCCGAUGCUCUUUCGGAGAUCAACGAUAUCGUCUUUGGUACCCUCGACAAGCUGUUCGCUAAAACUGGAGUUUUGCCGUCGGAAAUCGAUGUACUUGUUGUUACCAUCUCGAUGAUUUCUUCAGUGCCGUCGAUACCAGCUCGAGUUAUCAAUAGGUACAAGAUGAGGGAGGAUGUUAAGGUUUUUAAUUUAUCGGGGAUGGGUUGUAGUGCGAGUGUUAUAGCCGUUGAUCUUGUGAACCAUUUGUUUCAAACAUAUAAGAACCAAUUCGCCAUUGUUGUGAGCUCGGAAUCAUUAAGCCCUAAUUGGUAUGUAGGCAAAGAAAGGUCCAUGAUGCUCCCUAAUAUUCUUUUUCGUAUAGGGGGUUGUUCUUUGCUUUUAACGAACAAAAGAGGGCUUAAACAUCGAGCCAUUUUGAAACUGAACCACUUGGUCCGAAGCCAUGUCGGUUCGAUCGACGAAGCGUAUGGUAGCUGCACUCGAAUCGAAGACGAUCAAGGCAACUGCGGUUUCUUCCUCACCAAAAACCUCCCGAAAGCUGCCGCUAAAGCGGUAUCGAUGAACCUUCGAGUUUUAGUACCUAAAAUGUUGCCAUUAAGGGAACUCAUUCGGUACUCAAUGGUAACCUAUUGGAGAAAUAAGUCCAAAACAUCGAGUCCGGAAUCCGGUUUGAACCUAAAAUCCGGAAUCGACUAUUUUUGUAUCCAUCCUGGCGGAAGAGCGGUGAUCGACGCAAUGGAACGAAGCUUAGGGCUAAAUGAAUACGACCUCGAACCGACUCGAAUGGCGCUUCAUCGAUUCGGAAAUACAUCGGCUGCCGGGUUAUGGUAUGUUUUGAGUUACAUGGAAGCUAAAAAAAGGCUAAAACAAGGGGAUAGAAUAUUGAUGAUAAGCCUUGGAGCUGGUUUCAAGUGCAAUAACUGUGUCUGGGAAGUAAUGAAGAACUUGGAUGAUGUUAAUGUGUGGGAAGAUUGUAUUGGUAGGUAUCCUUUAAAAUGUACUGCCAAUACUUCUUUCUUGGAAAAAUAUAGUUGGGUUAAUGAAUCUAGUCAUUAGGGUUUUUAGAAAAAAAUUUAACAAUUGAUUCAAAUAGGAGUAUUAAGUUUGGUUUCGAUCUAAUGUCAUUUAAUUUGAUUUCAUUCGGUUUGCGGAUCCUAAAUUUUUUUAAAAAAAUCUUAAUUAUAUGAUCUAAAUUGAAUUCAAUUUGAUUCAAUGAAAUUUGGUUUAGUUACUUUAAA